AACUGACGACAUUGAAGAGCCGACCGAAGGCGAAAACGAUGAUGCCGAGUUUCCAGGAACCUCACACACUUUGAAACGCUGAUUCAGGCAACUUCGUGGAGUUGUAAUAGCACUGAUUUGAUCGCAACACUUCGUGGAUUUCGAGCGAAAUACCUCGGGCCGUUCUCCCUCAUUCGAAACGGUAUCGCUGAUAUGACUUCUGGCUCUAUGUUCUCGAAAGAAUUGCUUCCAGAUGUCUUAUCAGCUGCAAAGAGGGUGGCCAUAAUUCCCGAUAUGAAUGCCAAAUGGCCGACUCUUCAGGCAAUAUCAGAACGUGUUUUCACAUCGAACAACUACGAUGAUGUUGCUCGGGCAAUUAAGAAGGAAGAUAUGGAAGACCCAAUCGCCGCUUAUAUGAUCUCGAUUAUGAUGUCUUACGCUCAUUAUUUCACCUUCCACUCCGAGAUACCCGAGAACAUCAAUGAACGUGAAGGGUUUACGGACCUCGCAUGGUCAUUCAUUCGAGGAGCACUGACCCUCACAGGGAUUGAAUCCCGUCAUCUUGAGACCCUAAUAACUGGGGUCCAAGAGCGGAAGAAUCUUGACAAAGAUCUCCUCUUGGACACCAUGGAGUCGGGCCAGUACAGCGACGGACUAGCUUUUAGCGGGAGUGAUCAAAUCUAUCUUGCAGAGGCCUCACAGAUCCAUAACCCCAAUGCAGACAAGCAGCGUCAGGAUGAAUUCAAGCUGGUGCGUGCAAUGAGGGAUUCAUGGAUCAGCCAGAUGGGAUCUAUUUGCCGUGAGGCUGUCCCUCCUCGUGACUUCGCUGUAUUCGGCUCAUGCACUUACAAGGAUGAGACUAAACUCUGGCAACUUGAUUUCCAAGGGACGUUUCGACUGUGUCAGUUCAACACGUUUCUUAUUCCAUUGAAAAAACAAGAGUUCGGACGCAGGAUGAAGAUGACUAUCCAAAUUUGCUUGGAACUGGCGGCUCGUAUAGAGAUGGAAAUCGAAAAAAGACACAAUGCAAUGCCUGCCUCAUAUGACAAGCGGCAUGAACUGUCCGAUGCAUUACAUCAGAUAUUUACCACCACCACAGCCCCGACAAAACAGCAGAAGAGAAAGGAUUCUGUUUGUAAAAGGCGAUCUUAAAAGAUGUAUGUAACUAGAGUCCCUGUCAGAAAGUCGCGGCCCAAUAUAUUUUAAUAAAUACCCUAUUUUCCUUAAUUAUUAUAUAUUAAAAUUCAACCUUAUUAAUUGAAUUGAGAAGCUAGUUUAAAGAUAUAUUGGGGC